AUGGGCAACGUUCUGUCAAUCGUUACGGGCACCUCAAAGACAUUUCACAAAGAACUCGGUAUUCACUGUAACGCAAUCGAUGGUCAUUAUUAUUUACGAAUAGAUGAGCCCCGAUUAUAUCUACCAUGUGGUGAUAAAGGUCAAACAUCAUACUAA